AUGAAGGCUGGCGUAGCCGCCCUCACAGCCGGGAUCCUCGGCGGCACUGGCGUCUUGCUCUUUCUCAUCGCCUUCGGGACGGAUUACUGGCUUCUAGCUACGGAGAGCUGCGGCGUCUUCGAGCGUGGGAAUAGCACUCUGCGGGCCGGGGAGGUUGAAACGCCAACAGAGGUCAGGAAGGAGAUCCUCGCUUUCCAUCACGAGGGCUUCUUCUGGCGGUGCUGGUUCUUUGGCGAGGGCCACCCGGAGACCAUCUGGACCUUCUGGUACACCAGCCAAGCACACCCCAAGUUCUGCAUGCAUGGCUACCUCUUUCCCAUGCCCAUUGCUCUCGGACCUUUCCCCCAUCCUUCCUACGACACGACCGCAGUGUACAGAGGCUUCUGGACGGCGUUCAUCAUGCUGCACGCAGGGGCAGGGGAGGCAGCCGGGGAGGUGGGGGGCUCUGGAGGCUUAUUUCUCCUGCUCAUAUUUCUCUUCGUGAUGUGGAAGGAAUUUGCCGCUGAUUUUCAGAAGUACAUCCUUCUGGAGAGAAGUGAGAAGUGCAUGGACGAUGUACCCGUGCACGUGUAUUACGGGUGGUCGUUCAUGUUUGCCGCGGCCGGGGUGCCUCUGGUGUUACUUUCCGGACUCCUCUUCUACCUGAUCGGCAGAGACAUUAUGAAGUCCCUGGAGUAA